AUCCCGGACCGCGCGCGCACACGCACGUACACUUCACGCACGCGCAGGCCGCCCCGGCCCCGGCCGAACCCAUGGCGUCCGAGCGGCUGCAGAGCCGCCCCGCCUGCCUGCUGGUGGCCAGCGGCGCCGCCGAGGGUGUGUCCGCCCAGUCCUUCCUGCACUGCUUCACGUUGGCUGGCGCCGCCUUCAACCUGCAGGUGGCCACCCCUGGGGGGAGGACCAUAGACUUCGUGGACGUUAGCGACAGCAACGCCCGCUGGGUGCAGGAUUUCCGCCUCAAGGCCUACGCGAGCCCCGCCAAGCUGGAGUCCAUUGAUGGUGCCCGGUACCACGCCCUCCUGAUUCCCAGCUGUCCCGGGGCCCUGGCCGACCUGGCCAGCAGUGGGUCCCUGGCCCGCAUCCUCCAGCACUUCCGUUCAGAGAGCAAGCCCAUCUGCGCUGUUGGUCACGGCGUCGCCGCCCUCUGCUGCGCCACCAACGAGGACCGGUCGUGGGUGUUCCAGGGCUACAGCGUCACGGGGCCCUCUGUGUACGAGCUCGUCAGGGCGCCUGGCUUUGCCCGCCUGCCCCUCAUCGUGGAGGACUUCGUGAAGGACGCGGGCGCCAACUUCAGUGCCAGCGAGCCUGACGCUGUGCACGUGGUGCUGGACCGCCACCUCGUCACGGGCCAGAACGCCAGCUCCACCGUCCCGGCUGUGCAGAAUCUGCUCUUCCUGUGCGGCAGCCGGAAGUGACAUGGCUUCCCGCGGAGCCAGCCAGCCUGCCAGUGGACGCUGCCACCUCAGGCCUCCGGGGACCCUGCCUCCGCGACCGCCCCUGAGAGCGACUUUCCCGGCCCCUGCCUGACCCUGUGGGAUUGCCGGGGGCCUCCGGGACUGAGCCCUGAGGGGCGUUUUCUUUGGAGCACAGGGAGAGCUGAGGGCCGAUAGGUGGUCUCUGAGAAUUCCAAGUGAGCGUAACGCGCAGAGCGGGUCUGAGUCAGCCGCGGGGGUCCUGGUGUGGGGUCUCGGCGCCCCCUGGUCUUCCUGGGCGCUGGGUCUCUCGCCCUUGCCUGUCCCCGUCCGCCCAGGCUGAGCCUCGCCAGGGCACCGGGAUCCCAUUUUGUGUGGUGACGGUGCGUGGGCUGCUGCCCCCACCGCUGUGGGUGUUGGGGAGGCUGUGCUAGCUCCCGGCCCCCAGAACGCCCCGGACCGGCGGGUGCUGAAGGAGCCGCCCUAAUUGUAGCCCUUGCCUGGUGUGUGGUUUCGCACUGUGAUGGCGGCACUGCGCCAGGCCAGGGUGGACCCAGGGGCAGGUGUCACCACGCUCCUGAGGGAAACGUGCUCGUGCGUCUUCAGAGCGGUACUGCUGGCCCGCAGCGCUGCUGCCGGGCGGCCUCCAGGCUUGCAGCCGCACCUCUGCUUAUGAAAUAGAAGUGACAGCGACACAGGCCCUACCGGGCGGGAGGCCUUGCGUGUGGCCGGCCUGGGUCUGGGGCGGCGGUCGGUCCGCACCAUCCAGGACCCCGCAGGCCUUUGCUGGGGAGGCCCCUUCCCGGUGCGUCCGGAUCACCCUGUGGUCUCCUCGGGGUGCCUGGCCCAGGCUGCGGCCCACGGUGGGACCUCCAGGAGCCGCCCGAGCCUUCUUGUGGGUCCCACCUUCCGCCGGCCCCUCCCCAUCUGGGCCCAGCUCUGCACCCAGCCCCUUGGAACAGAGGAGGAGCAAGGAAGCAAGGCAUCCCUGGGUCUCAGGCCGCUCCUUCCAGUGCCGCAGACCACUCUGAGAUGCUCCCACGCCCUCUCCGCUUCGGGUGUUUGCUGGGAGCACUGUAGCAGGAGCUCCUGACACCGCUGUCGCCCUGCUCUGUGCCCACUGCGGGCUGGCCACCCGCACCCAGGGGCCUUGGUCCUACUCUGCCUGCACGGAUCACCGCAGGUUUCUUAAAGAUCACGCCCCGUGGGUGUCAUCUGUACCAUCUACAGAGAGCUAGUGAUGGUUUUGCUUCUGAGUGUCAGAUCAAGGUGCCGGCGGGCCCUGCCGAGCGCCCCACACAGCCGCUUCCUGGGCAGCCGCUGUGGCUCGGCCCUGGCUUUGCCAGGUCAGGGUGUGGGGCUGGGGGUGCCUCCAGGCUUCGAGAAAUGCGGGCCCCCCCGGAAGGGGCAGGGUGUGGGUGUGGGCGGCCUGCUGCUCUGGGAUGCCCCCACAUGCCUAGGGCUUUAAAACAGACCCUGACGUCCGCCUGCAGGAAAUGACCUACGGGAACAACGCGUAAGCGUCUGUAGCAGCAUUAGUCACAAUAACAAACGUAAAACAAAUUGUAGUUUCCA